CGACGGGUUUCCACUCCGGGGAAGUCACGUGACAGGAAGUAGUCUAGAAGAAGCGGAUGUGGCAUGUGCCCGAGGAGGCGGAGGUAACCCGAACGCUGAGGGCGAGGCUGGUGGAGUCGGGGAGAACCAGCAGCAAAGAUGAAAGUAAAGAUGCUGAGCCGGAACCCGGACAACUACGUCCGCGAAACCAAGUUGGAUUUACAGCGAGUUCCAAGAAACUAUGAUCCUACCUUACAUCCUUUUGAGGUCCCACGAGAAUACAUGAGAGCUUUAAAUGCUACCAAACUGGAACGGGUAUUUGCAAAGCCAUUCCUUGCGUCUCUGGAUGGUCACCGAGAUGGAGUCAAUUGCUUGGCAAAGCAUCCCAAGAGCCUGGCUACUGUCCUUUCCGGGGCAUGUGAUGGCGAGGUUAGAAUUUGGAACUUGACUAAACGAAAAUGUAUCCGUGCAGUACAAGCCCAUGAGGGUUUUGUACGAGGAAUAUGUACUCGCUUUUGUGGGACUUCUUUUUUUACUGUUGGUGAUGACAAAACUGUGAAGCAGUGGAAAAUGGAUGGACCAGGCUUUGGAGAAGAAGAAGAACCAUUGCAUACAAUAUUAGGAAAGACAGUGUAUACAGGAAUUGAUCAUCACUGGAAAGAAGCUGUUUUUGCCACAUGUGGACAGCAAGUAGAUAUUUGGGAUGAACAAAGAACCAAUCCUAUAUGUUCAAUGACCUGGGGAUUUGACAGUAUAAGUAGUGUUAAAUUUAACCCAAUUGAGACAUUUCUCUUGGGAAGUUGUGCUUCUGACAGGAAUAUAGUACUGUAUGAUAUGAGGCAAGCUACUCCUCUGAAAAAGGUCAUCUUAGAUAUGAGAACUAAUACAAUUUGUUGGAACCCUAUGGAAGCUUUCAUUUUUACUGCAGCAAAUGAAGAUUACAACUUAUAUACUUUUGAUAUGCGUGCACUGGACACUCCUGUAAUGGUACAUAUGGAUCAUGUGUCUGCGGUGCUUGAUGUGGAUUACUCUCCCACUGGGAAAGAGUUUGUGUCUGCUAGUUUUGAUAAAUCUAUUCGCAUCUUUCCCAUGGACAAAGGUAGAAGCAGGGAAGUCUAUCACACAAAGAGAAUGCAACAUGUCAUCUGUGUGAAAUGGACUUCCGACAGCAAGUACAUUAUGUGUGGAUCUGAUGAAAUGAACAUUCGUCUGUGGAAAGCUAAUGCUUCUGAGAAAUUGGGUGUGCUCACAUCACGAGAAAAAGCAGCCAAAGAUUAUAACCAGAAGUUGAAGGAAAAAUUUCAACAUCAUCCUCAUAUAAAACGUAUUGCUCGACACCGACAUCUACCAAAAUCUAUCUACAGCCAGAUUCAGGAACAGCGCAUCAUGAGGGAAGCUCGGCGACGAAAGGAAGUGAAUCGUCUCAAACAUAGCAAGCCUGGAUCUGUGCCAAUUGUGUCAGAGAAGAAGAAACACAUAGUGGCAGUUGUGAAAUAAUAUUUGAUAUUCCUACCAAUGCUGAUGUAUAAUUAUUUGUUACAUUUUAAUUUGCGAACUCUAAAAAUAAAAAUACUGGCUCUAG